UUGCUGAUGAUGGUGUAAGAAUGAUCAUCUGGUUUCACCAGUGGCGUGUGAGGAGGGAACUCGCGCGGUGCAUUUGCACUAUUGAUCAAACACGAAGGGAGCGUCGCUUGAGGGCGCCACUAGGAAAACCACGUCCCGACGCCCGUCACGACGCUGCCUCUCGCCAGCAAACACACACAGUAGACCUGUUGUCGUCCUUACAUAAACAUCGCUGCAUGGCCUAAACCCAAACACACACUCACACACACCCACGCACGCAUAACGACAAGACAAGAUCACACUUUUUCCCAUAAAAUCAAAAAGCCGGUGAAGAGAGAGAGUGUUCAAUUCGUAGCAGUACGAACGGACGGACGGACGGACGAAUAUCGCAGUAACGAACAAACAAACAGGAGAGACGUCGACAAUGGCCGCCGAGGACAAUGGCAACGUGGGCUUAUUGAAGCCGACGUCCAGCAGCAACGAGGAUCUGAGCGAGUACACGGACGCAGAUGAAAGCAUUUCAGCGCCAACCGAGUUUCUUGCCGAGUUCCUGUCCGCCGUCAUGCUGAAAGACUACGAGACCGCUCUAAAAUACUGCAAACUAAUUCUGCAAUACGAACCGAACAACGUCACGGCAAAAGAAUUCUACCCGCUGAUUUUGGAGAAACUGCAGAUGAUGAAUGACGAGGAGGAUGCGAACAACGAGAGCGACGAAGAUGAGAACGAUGUGAGCAGCAGCUCAGGCAGUAACAGCAACAGCAGCACCACCAAUUCCGACUCAGAUGCAAGCUCUUCAGAUGACAGUAGCGAGGAUCAAGAGGAGGAGGACGAAGAGGGAGAGGAGGAGGACGAGGAGGGGAUCGAGGGAGCGCAUGGUGGCGGAGGAGGCGGCCAAGGAGGAACCGACAAAAGGUCAAAGGGAUCGUCGGACGGCGGCGACGCCACCACCGGCAGCUACUCGAGUCUCGAGGACGACGAGGCGGAAGUCGAUCAGUUGGCAGCGCUGGCCGCCAAAUAUCAGAUGGACAACAUGGAUAUUGGCAACGGAAACAAUCUGUAUUCCGGCGAGAUUAAGACGACGACGAUGAUCGGCGUAUGCAAAAAGAUGAUCACGACGAACGCCCUCUGCAGCGAAUCGCCUCCGCCGCUCCUUCCGUUCGGCACCAGCUCAGACUCAGAGUCGCCCACGGAGCCGGUCAGCCAACAAACGAUCGCGAUGCUCCGCGCCAAAGUCGUGCCAACCAAAAUGUAAAAAAACAAACAAA